AUGUCGGACGAUGAAGAUUUUAUGCAGGAAUCGGACGAGGAAUACGACUUUGAGUACGAGGAAGACGAAGAUGACGAAUCUGGCGACGUGGACAUCGAAAACAAAUACUAUAAUGCGAAGCAGUUGAAGCUUACGGACCCCGAUGAUGCCAUUUCCGAAUUCCUCGGCAUUCCACCGCUGGAGCAGGAGAAAGGUGAAUGGGGGUUCAAGGGAUUAAAGCAAGCAGCAGACCAUUUCGCAGAGCUUCUCACCUACGUCAAAUCGGCCGUCACGAGAAAUUAUUCCGAAAAGUCCAUCAACAAUAUGCUUGACUAUAUAGAGAAGGGGGCCGACGGCAAGGAAGCUGCAAAAAGCAUGGAGAAAUUCUAUUCCCUAACCCUACAGAGUUUCCAAAGCACAAACAACGAGAGGCUAUGGCUAAAGACCAACAUCAAACUCGCCAAGCUUUUACUUGACAGAAAAGAGUACAGCUCGGUUUCCAAGAAACUUCGAGAACUCCACAAAGCCUGCCAACGACCCGAUGGAACAGAUGAUCCUAGUAAAGGCACAUACUCACUUGAGAUUUACGCCCUCGAGAUUCAAAUGCUGGCAGAGACAAAGAACAACAAGCAGCUGAAGGCUUUGUAUCAAAGGGCACUCAAAGUCAAGUCUGCAGUCCCGCAUCCCCGCAUCAUGGGGAUUAUCAGAGAAUGUGGAGGAAAGAUGCACAUGAGCGAGGAGAACUGGAAGGAAGCCCAGAGCGACUUCUUCGAGUCAUUUCGCAACUAUGACGAGGCUGGGUCACUGCAACGAAUUCAGGUGCUGAAAUAUCUACUUCUAUCUACAAUGUUGAUGAAGUCCAACAUCAACCCCUUCGACUCACAAGAGACCAAGCCCUACAAGUCUGAUCCCAGAAUAUCAGCAAUGACCGAGCUUGUAGACGCUUACCAAAGGGACGACGUUCACGCAUACGAAAAGGUACUACAGGGACACCAAGAUAUCUUGGACGAUCCAUUCAUCGCCGAAAAUAUUGACGAGGUUACCCGAAACAUGCGAACCAAGGGUGUCUUAAAGCUGAUAGCUCCCUACACUCGGAUGAAACUCGCCUGGAUCGCGAAGCAAUUAAAGAUCUCUCAGCCCGAGGUGCAAGACAUACUCGGCUUCUUGAUUGUAGAUGGUAAGAUCAAUGGAUCAGUCAACCAGCAAGAUGGAAUCCUUGAAAUUACCUCAGAUGCCGACAUGGAUCGGAUUCGGGCCAUGAGUAGCCUCUCCACAUCGAUAUCAGAUCUUUUUGCGGCCACCUUUAAAGAGGGCGAUGGCUUCAGAAGUCAUGAGCGCGAUACUGCGUUCGACCAGUCCAUGGACUUUCAAGGUCUCUCUAUGGGGAGAGCCCUCGGCCAUCGCGGUCCAGGGCAACAACGUGCAAAGAAAGGCAAAGCUACUAUGUGGGCAUGA